AGAUGUCGGCUCGGUCAUGUGAUCAGCUGUGUCCAAUCACAGCUGAUCACAUGGGACAUGUACAUUGAUCAUCAGGGCACUGAUGAUCAGUGUGCCCUGAUGAUCAGUGUAGCCCCAGCAGUGCCACCUGUCAGUGUCCAUCAGUGCCAGCUGUCAGUGCUCCUCAGUGCCACGUGCCAGUGCCCAUCAAUGACACAUAUCAGUGCCUAUCAGUGCACAUCAAUGCCACAUAUCAGUGCCCAUCUGAGCUGCCUUUGAGUGUCACCCAUCAGUGCCAGUCAGUGCCACAUACCAAUGCCAACCAGUGCCACCUAUCAGUGCUGCCAAUCAGUGCCACCUAUCAGUGCCAGUCAGUGGUGCCUAUCAGUGCACAUCAGUGCCGCCUAUUAGUGCCCGUCAAUGCCACCUAUCAGUGCC